UCGCCUUUGCUCGUCAAGUGCGCUUACAUUCCCACACCCCCUCUUGUCGGCUCAACCUUGCUCACACUUGUCUCUCCCUCUUGGUCAUUCAGUACUUUCAAUGAAGCACAUUCGGCUCAAUGACCUCAGCAGUAGCAGCGAAACAAAGGAGAAUUUGGAGAGCGUGCAGCGCGCAGUGCUGAACAGCCAGCGCUGCAUUGUAAUAACAGGCGCGGGCAUUUCAGUAUCGUCGGGAAUCCCCGACUUUCGUUCGCCCGACGGGCUAUUCCAGCAGCUGAAGCAGCGGUAUCCGCAGAGCGUAGCUAGCGGACGCGACCUGUUUGAUGCGACGCUGUUCAACGACCGCGACAUGGUCGGGCUGUUUUACAAUUUCAUGGGCGAAUUGCGCGACUUGGUGAGCCAGGCGAGCUGCACGCCAACGCACAAAUUCAUCAAGCGGCUGGAUGAGCAAGGGAAAUUGCUGCGCUGCUACACGCAGAAUAUCGACUCGCUGGAGAAGCGGAUUGGGCUGGAGACGGCGUUCCAAAAGCCAGUGGAAAAUGCAGAGAGCGGUGCCACGCAGGCAGUGCUGGACAAGACAUUCACAAAGGCAGUACAGCUGCACGGCGAUUUGGAGAACGUCGUCUGCACGAUCUGCUUCACUAAAUACCCGUUUACAGAGCAGCUAGCAGAGGAAUUCCGGGAAGGAGCACCGCCGCCGUGUCCGCACUGUAAGGAAAUCGAGACAUUGCGUGACUUGGUCGGUAAGCGCUCGAUAGCAGCAGGCGUACUCAGACCUGACAUUGUUCUGUACAAUGAGUGCCACCCGCAAGGAGACGUUAUCGGCGCACUGAGUGAGUUUGACUUGCGGCGGCGCCCCGACCUGUUGAUUGUGAUUGGCACGUCGCUGAAGAUCCCCGGGGUCAAACGCAUGGUCAAGGAGAUGUCGAGGUGCGUGCAGUCGUGCACCAUGAGGGCGAAGCGGGCGGGCGCGGGCAAGGCCAUCUUCAUCAACCGCGAUGACCCUCCCAAGGGCUGGGACAGUGUAUUUGACUUCUUCAUUGCUGGCGACUCCGACGACGCUGUG